UUAUUCUGAAAAUUCAAGGAGGAAGUGGGGUGUUUGCCUGCGACAUUUUGACACAAUCUUCAUGGAUUUCUCGCGUUUGGAUGUCCAGCCAAGUAACAGCGGCCGAGUGUGAACUGCACUGCGUUCCUUUCUACACACAGGCACCUGUAUUGAGCCAUGUCCCCAUCAGUCCCCCUACAGGAGAUGAUCCGGGCCAUCCGGUCAGCCAGGACUCAGUGUGAGGAGCGGGGCGUCAUCCAGAGGGAGUGUGCUGCCAUCCGGGCUCAGUUCAGGCAAACCGAUAAUGGGGGGCGCUCACACAACCUGGCCAAGCUUCUCUAUGUGCACAUGUUGGGUUACCCCGCCCAUUUUGGUCAGAUGGAGUGCGUUCGCAUGAUCGCCAGUCCUCGCUACAGUGAGAAGCGAGUGGGAUAUCUGGGAGCCAUGAUGCUCCUGGACGAGAAGCAGGACGCCAGCCUACUCAUCACCAACUCUAUCAAGAAUGACCUUUCUCACAGUAACCAGUACGUGCAGUCUCUGGCUUUGUGCACACUGGCCUGCAUGGGUUCGGCUGAGAUGUGCCGGGAUCUGGCGCCGGAGAUCGACAGGCUGCUGCAGUCUGCUAACUCCUACAUUAAGAAAAAGGCGGCUUUAUGUGCCGUUCACAUCGUAAGAAAAGUCCAGGAUCUAGGAGAGCUCUUCAUCCCUGCUGCUCGUUCCCUUCUCAGUGAGAAGAAUCACGGUGUGCUGCACGGCGCUGUGGUGCUCAUCACCGAGCUAUGUGAGCGGAACCCAGAAACGCUGAAACGCUUCAGAAAGACGGUGCCAGAUCUAGUUCAGAUCAUGAAAGGCCUGAUCAUUUCAGGGUAUUCUCCAGAGCACGAUGUGUCUGGAAUCAGUGAUCCUUUCCUUCAGGUACGCAUCCUGAGAUUGCUGAGAAUCCUCGGCCGCAACAGUGAAUCUGCAAGUGAUGCUAUGAACGACCUCUUAGCUCAGGUGGCGACCAACACUGAUAGCACCAAGACUGUGGGCAACGCUGUGCUUUACGAGACUGUUCUCACCGUUCUGGAUAUCAAGUCAGAGAGCGGCCUCAGGGUUCUGGCCGUCAACAUUCUUGGCAGAUUUCUCUUGAACAGCGACAGAAACAUUCGGUACAUUGCCAUGACUUCCCUUCAGAAGAUUGUUGGAACGGACCACAAUGCAGUGCAGCGCCACCGGGGAACUAUAGUAGACUGCCUGAAGGACCAGGAUGCAUCUGUCAAGCGGCGGGCCUUGGAGCUCUCCUUGGCUCUGGUGUCAGCCUCCAACAUCCGCUCCAUGAUAAAGGAACUCCUCCUCUUCCUCUCCUCCUGUCCUCCCGAGCUCAAGGCUCAAGCCACUAGCGGGAUAUUCAUCGCUGCUGAGAGGUAUGCACCCUCCAAGCGCUGGCACAUAGACACCAUCCUGCAUGUCCUCACGACGGCAGGGGGCGACGUGAGAGAUGAAACUGUACCCAACCUGAUUCAUCUCAUCACCAAUGCCUCAGAGCUGCACUGCUACACCGUCCACAAGCUGUACCGCGCUCUGGUGACUGACAUCUCUCAGCAAUCUCUGGUCCAGGUGGCGUGCUGGUGUAUAGGAGAAUACGGGGACCUGCUGCUCAAAGGAGAGUGCCAGGAAACCGAACCUGUACAGGUGUCAGAGGACGAUGUCCUGGACGCCUUGGAAACAGUUCUGCAGUCGCACAUGUCGUCCUCGACAACCAGAGGCUUUGCUCUCACCGCCACCAUGAAGCUGAGCACACGUAUCACAGACAACGUGGACCGGAUCCGGAGCAUCGUGAGCAUCUACGGGAGUUGCAUCGAUGUGGAGCUCCAACAGAGAGCAGUGGAGUACAACGCACUCUUCAAGAAAUACGACCACAUGAGGGCAGCAGUUCUGGAGAGGAUGCCCCUGAUGGAGAGAAAUUCCUCUGGAAAUACCAACGGGGAGGCAACCGCGGAGACCAUCACCGAAACCAACUCCUCCAAAGUUACACAAGAAGACAGAGUGCCAGCGCCGCCGCCGCAGCAGCAGCCCGCCAAACAGACAUACGAUCUGUUAGAUCUACUCGGAGGCUCUUCUGAGCCUCUGCAGCAAAUCCCUGCAGCUCAGACCCUCCCCAUCAAUACAUCUGGCUCUGCUGGAGGAGACCUGCUGGACCUGCUGGGCGGGCUGGAACCAAGUCCUGCAACACCCGCUCCCUCAGUGACGGUGUACGAGAAAGAUGGCGUCACUUUGACACUAAGUUGUGAGCAGCAGUCAGACUCGUCCUUGGCUGUUACGCUCACAGCCACCAACGCCUCCGAGUCAGACAUCAGCGGCUUCACCCUGCAGGCCGCAGUGCCCAAGAGUGUGCAGUUAAACAUGAAGGCCCCCAGCAGGGACUCUCUGCCUGCACGAGGUGCAGCUCAAAUGACCCAGCUGGUGAUGCUCAACAACCCAAACAAGGUUAAUCUGAAAAUGAGGAUCCGCAUCUCCUACACCAGGCAAGGAUCGGCCUUUCAGGAUAUGGUUCAGGUCGACUCCCUUCCCGGACUCUCUUAAAAAGAAAACUGUUUGAGCUCUCUGCAUCGAGAUAUUUCAAUGAAAUCAUCUGGUUUUUAGAAUGUCUCAAAUUGGACAAACUCAGAGGAACAACAUCGUUUUUUGUUUUUUUUUAAAGCCAAAACUUCAAAUCACUGUGUGAGAAACCCAGAUCAGUCCUUCAUGUGUGGGAUGAAUCAUUUUCUGCAUGUGUGUCUUUCAUGUCAUUUUUGGCCUUUUCUCUCUUCAGCUGCAGCAUUAUUUUUCACGCUUGGGGUCAUCCGUUUGACCCAGAUUUAGCUCCGGCACGUUUGAUUAACGCCCAAAUGGGUCCAGGCUGCACUCCAUAUCAGCACACCUCCGCCAUCUUGUUACCCGUUUUUACCCAUGACGAACACUCCUGUUGUGUCAUCACACAGAAAAAUCGUCUUUACUUUGGUAGUUUGUGCAAGAAUUCUGAAGACAGUCUCAGAAAUCAGGUUUAAUGUACAGUUUGUGCAUAAAGAAUGUUUCUGUCACGGGAAAUCAGAACCGGGUAUUUUUUUACUCAUCUCCAGUAGAACCUCUGCAGCUUGUAAUCACGGAACACACUCAGGAACUAAAGAGCCGAAUAUAUUAGUAGAAAAUUAUUUUAUUCAUUAUAAAAAAGCCACUUUUCAAAAUCUAUAGAAAUAUUGAAGACUAACCUCAUUCUCUUCUUUAAAUAUGGUUCUAGUCUUUAAUUUCUGCAAACAUAUGACUUGAAAUACCAGGUUUUAUUUGAGAAGAAGGCCCAAUACAGUCAAAAUACAACAAAUAUUUAGUUUUUUGAGGCUUUUUAAGACAUUUUUGAUUAAACUUUAGAAACUUGAAAAUGACAGCUUCUUAAGGCCUUUUUAAAAGAUUAAUAAACUUAUUUUUUUUAAUUUCUCUUUGAUGCUCUCAAAAUUUGAAGGAAUUGCUGAGUAAUCGGUUUGACCUCUGAUUAUCCACGUAUUUCUGUUCACUCCGAACUUCAAUUUACUUUGAAGGUUUGAUCUUAAAAACUGGAAAAUUAGUUUUUUUUGAAUUGAUUAAUUAUUUUUUGCAUUUAACCACAAAAAGUGAGUUUUGGAGUCACAUUAAUGCAGAAAAGAGACAAAA